AUGUGUCACCGCCGGAUUGGUGAUGGAAUCAUUAUUGCAAUGCUUUCUGUGAUGUGCUUUUAUUGCUUAAUUCUUAAGUAUCAUGUGCAACUGCUGGUCCACAUUAUUCCUGAUCUACUGAGAAUUAAAACACGGGAAUUAUUUCUGAAGAACAAGGCUGAAGAACUUGAUCGGGAGAUGGGUCUUAUCCUCACACUGGAAGAAACUGGAAGGCAUGUUAGAAUGCUAACUCAUGAAAUUAGAAGCACACUUGACAGGCAUACUAUAUUGAAAACCACUCUUGUUGAGCUCGGUAGGACCUUAGGCCUUGAGGAAUGCGCGUUGUGGAUGCCUUCAAGAACUGGUUUGAAUUUGCAACUUUCUCACACCCUGAACUACCAUAUACAAGUGGGAUCUUCUGUACCGAUAAAUCUUCCUAUAGUCAACGAAGUCUUCAGUACUACUCGAGUAAAGCGUAUACCAUAUACCUGCCCGCUGGCUAGGAUCGGGCCUCUUGUAGGUGGGUACCUGCCACCAGAGGUUGUUGCUGUUCGUGUACCUCUUUUACAUCUGUCGAAUUUCCAAAUUAAUGAUUGGCCCGAACUCUCUGCAAAAAGCUACGCAUUCAUGGUUUUGAUUCUACCAACAGAAAGUGCUAGAACGUGGCGGGACCAUGAAUUGGAACUUGUUGAAGUUGUUGAGGACCAGCUUAAUGUUUCGGUUUUGGCAUUUCCCCGUGGAAUAUGCGGUUUAGUCAUGUUGUUUCUUCGGUGUGAAUAUGUCCAAGGAGUAGCAGUUGCUCUUUCUCACACUGCUAUUCUUGAAGAGUCUAUGCGGGCACAUGAUCAGUUAAUGGAGCAGAAUGUUGCUUUAAAUUCAGCUCGUCAAGAAGCAGAAAUGGCAAUACAUGCUCGGAAUGAUUUCCUUGCGGUCAUGAACCAUGAAAUUAGGACACCGAUGCAUGCGGUUAUCACUUUGUCUUCACUUUUAGAGACUGAACUAACUACCGAGCAAAGAGCAAUGAUUGAGACAGUAUUAAAGAGUGGUAACCUCUUGGCAACACUUACUAAUGAUUUGCUAGAUCUUUCAAGACUUGAAGAUGGAAGCUUAGAAUUAGACCUUCAGACAUUUAAUCUUCAUGAGGUUUUCAGAGAGGCUGUUAAUUUGAUAAAGCCCAUUGCAUCUGUUAAAAGGCUAUCUAUGACUUUAAUUAUGUCCCCAGAUUUGCCUGCAUGUGCAGUUGGUGAUGAGAAACGGCUUAUACAAACUAUUCUGAAUGUUGCGGGCAAUGCUGUCAAGUUCACGAAGGAGGGUUAUGUUUCAAUUGUAGUUUCUGUUGCAAAAUCAGAUUCUUUGAGAGACUGGCGGCCUCCUGAGCUUUACCCAAUGCCGAGUGAUGGCCACUUCUAUCUGCGAGUGCAGGUUAAGGAUUCUGGCUGGGGUGUUCUCCCCCAAGAUGUCCCGCUACUUUUUACUAAGUUUGCUCAGCUGCGAAGUGGAUCUAGUCGAAGAAAUGGUGGUGCAGGACUUGGACUUGCCAUUUGCAAACGGUAG